CAUAAUAGGACAAGGAUCAUUUUCGAUUUCGAAAGGAUGGUUUCGGAGUGUGUGGCCUGUGUUGCUGCUGGUGGGACAUGGAAGAGCUCGACGCAGGCGUAAUCGCCAGAGGAUUUCCUGCGGAAAGCGAGCGGUGCCGGUUACAUCCCGCUGCUGCGUUCGAUUUCUACAAUGGAGUCAUUCGGUGGGAGCUGGUAUGAGCCAGCUGCUGCGUCCGGCAAUGUUUCCCGGCACUGGGCGCGGUAUGAUGGCCACGAGGAGGAUCGAGCCUGGUGAGUGCAUCGCCUCGGUGCCGCGGCAGCGCCUGGUGACGUGCGCGGACGUGAAGCAUCAGCUAGAAAUACACCAGGACACGAUGGACAAGUCCAGCAAUGCUGCUGGUCUGGAUGACGUAUCCAUACUGGCUGUGUUCAUUCUAGUGGAGCGUAGCAAGGGAUCCACGUCGCAGUGGAGCCACUAUCUUGACGUGCUGCCCGACGCGUACGAACUGCCGGUGUGUUUUGCGGCUGACGAGCUAGCAUUGCUGCCGCUCGCCUUGCUGGAGCGUGUCCGUGCGCAGCGCUCGCAUCUGGUGGAGCAGCAUGAGCGAGCGUCCAAGCUGCUGACGGCGCUCGUGCUAGACCUGCCGUACGAGCGGUUCCUGAACGCCUGGUGCGCCGUCAACACCAGGACGGUGUACCUGAGUGAGAGCGGCACUGGAAACCAGGCAACGGAUGAUGGCGACACGUCGGCCGGCAACUGUGCACUAGCUCCGUAUCUAGACUUUCUGAACCACUCGCCCGGCGCACGCGUCACGGCCGGAUACAAUAGCGCGACUCGGCGCUACGAGAUUGUCACGCAGGACCGGUAUCGUCGCGGCGGCGAGGUGUUCAUCUGCUACGGUCCCCACGACAACCAACGGCUGCUGCUGGAGUACGGUUUCGUUCUCGACGACAAUCCUCACUGCAGCGUCACGUUCGUCCUGCUACAACUGAUACCGCUCGCGGCCGGUGAGCAUGCGUUCGUAGCGGCGCUCUGGUGCGAUCGGCGGCGCAGUCAGAUUCUUGUUGAAGCCGAACUGGACACGGUUAACCCGACUGCCGAAGGCUGCGGCUGGAAGCUUCUUGCCGCACUGGACAUUCUCGUUCUGGACGCGGCGGACCUCGACAGCUGGCAUGCCUAUGUGUAUGGUGGACGAACACUGGCCGACCGUGCGCGGCGCGACCUGAAGGGUCGCGUUGGCGUGUGCUUAUGUGCUGCCGCCCAUCACCACCUGCUGCCGUCCAGAGAGAAGCUGAACGGGAUCGUGCGCUGCGACGGCUCGCCGGCAAACGCGCGAACAGCGGCCACGCUGUCGCUGCAGCAGCACGCCAUUCUCGACGCUGCCCAAGCUGAGCUGAACGCUUUGAGUACUGAUGCUGCUGUGGGCUGAACCAACGUUUGUAAUCGCGAGCUUUUCCUAGAAGACCGGGCCUCGCCGUACACGAUUGCAGAAAGCACGGGCAUUUCUGCUAAAUCCUGGGCACACACUGCUAAGAGGUUGCUAAGUAUGAAGGGCGGUUUCUUACAGCGGCUCAACGCAACACUACUCCUGUAGAAACUCACGACAAAGCCUCAGAACUUUUCGAUUUAAAUGUCAAACGCAUUUCGGCAAGAACUAGUAGUAGUGUGCUGCUUUGCCGUGGCUCUGACGCGUGUGUUCUGGAUGUGUAUCCACUACCCUUACACCGGGCCAGGAUUGCCCCGAACUGCUGUCUUGAAUCCGACGGCAGUGAAUACGAUUAGUCGGCCGCCUAUCUCCUCCGGACACGACAACACCGGAAAACCGUGCAAAGCGCACGUUGAGAAGUGCUGGGUGCGCCAUUGCUUCUGCCACUUCCUCCAGCUCCAUUAUUGCUGCGUCGACUGCUUUGCCUUUUUUCUCAGCUUGAAAACACGUCACCAGUGACUCCAACACCUGAUUCACCUCGUUGGCGAACCAUUGCACUGCCUCGAAUUCGUCUCUCACGGCAUCCAAACUCAACACCUCGUCACGGAUCUGCAAAAUCAAGCCUCGUCGCUGCGACGUCAAGCGCCGUUUCAUCUGAAUUUUUGCCACUCUCAUGUCUGCAGAGGCCACAGCAUCGUUGACUUGCUCUUCCUGGCCGUCCGUAUUACCAGGCUCAACAUCAUCGCCUACCCUGUUCCGCUCGUGACUGAUAUCGUCGCUGUGUUCAGACAUCUCGCUCCGAUGGACUUCCGACUAGGUGAAGAUAACCAUCCUCUGCUACCAUUAGACGAGAGAGGGAUCUGACUCACAGAGAUAAUAACGAAUAAUCUUUCCUUCAGGAUGAGACACUAGUAAAGCAACUGAACUACACGAGAGGAGUAACUGCAAGCUGUAACCAUGGUAACUGACUGAAACAACGAAAGAACAAUUACAUGACUGUAUACGUGUAGUCUCCAGUCCAAAACAACAAGACGCCCACUCAACUAAUUAUGCACAGAAACUACAAGCCGCGAAGUCCGUUUCACGCGCGCGCGCGGGAAACGGCACAUGCGACAUGCAUAACAACACAACACGAUGCACUACUACUACUGCUACAUGCAUCAUGAAUAGCAUGAAUAGCAUGGAAGAGCAGCCAGGAAUGAUUAGACUGGUCCACACAGGAACAAUGAAUGCAUCACCUCUACGCAUGCACGCAGCAUAACUGACACCAAAGAAGGGCACGUUGAUUCGGGCAUGCACUGGAAUUACCAUGACCGUAUUGACACCCAAAGGCAAGCGGCAGUGAUUUGCCAUAACACCAUACUUAGACUACUGAAAGAGGUUCACUUCUACUCAGAACUAUUACUACCGAAUCACCUGCGUGCAUGAACAAUGUGCUUGAAUAGAGAGGCUCUUAAGUUUAAAGCUGACUCUGGUGUCUCCCCACGAUGGACAGGUCCUUUCGUCGUCGAUAUACAAUGUCCUUGCAAUGACUAAUGGCACUCCAGCUAGUCAGGCUCAGUACGGAAUCGUGUGGCGGGUCUGUUGCCGUGUUGGCUUUCAUCAUGUCCAUACUAGUAUUUGCAUCACUUGCUUAUAAACACUUCACGCUCAAGUAUUUGCGAAACUGGAAUACGGCAGUGAGAA